CUGGCUGAUGUUUUUAGGAAUAACAUUGAGUUGAAUGAUUUUCAGAGUGUGCUCUAUACCCUGGGCUGUUGGAGGAUUCCGGGAGUUGUAGUAUAACAAUAUGAGAUCACGUUGAAGACCUCAGUACAAUAGUGAUGCUGCUCCCCCCUCUAUAUAUAGAGAAAUAGUAGGAGACGACAGGAGGCUGCUGGGAAUGUGGGUCGGGCAGAUGAGUGCGACCCUCCAGCAGUAGCGCUACAGUCGCUGUCCAGGUUCUGAAUGGAGCCAAAGCCGAGAUCUCGUGUAGGAGACGGAGCUCGGAGCAGAUCCUCCCACUGAUGCAGCCUGGGAUUCAGCACUCUGGUCAGCUCCCCGCAGGACAAAGAGGAGGAGGAGGAGACGCACAAUCUGCUGCUUCUCUCCGACAUUUCUCAAUUCUCCAUCGGACCUUGAGCUUUUCUCCCCGGCAGUGAAAGUGAAGCAGCAGCAGCAUCAGGCGGAGCCUCGUCACCAGCGGGGAGGAGAGAGUUAAAUCGACAAACACGUAAUCGCUCUGCCUCUUCUGCGCUUCAGACGCAACGACAGAUCGCAGCGGCCGGGCGUCUCUUUUCGCGUGUUGUGAUUUUUUUUUUCCCUCCGAUCAGAGAUUCUGUUUGUCUCCCACUGGCAGAGGAUUACAAGUCAGGGGGGGCUGGUGAUCAUCAGAGCGACCCCUUAUCUCCACGGUCCGACCCCGCUUGUGCUUUGUAACCGGACAACAUGUUGGACCCGUCUUCCAGCGAGGAGGAGGCGGAGGAGGUCGUGGAGGAGCCUGAAAUCAAAGAGGGUCAGGCCCCGACCACCGGGACUCGCCUCUCCCCCAGUCGGACCAGCGAGAGCUCAGGGGGGCUACAGCCCAGUAGUCGCAGCAGCAGCGUCCGACCCUCCAGCCCCAGCCCCUCGGUGGUGAGUGAGAAGGAGAAGGAAGAGCUGGAGAAGCUGCAGAAGGAGGAAGAGGAGAGGAAGAGGAAGCUUCAGCUCUAUGUGUUUGUCAUGAGGUGCAUCGCCUACCCCUUCAAUGCCAAACAACCUACCGACAUGGCCAGGAGGCAACAGAAGAUAAGCAAACAGCAACUUCAGACUGUCAAGGAUCGUUUUCAGGCCUUCUUCAAUGGCGAAACCCAAAUUGUGGCCGAUGAAGCGUUUAUGAAUGCUGUUCAGAGCUACUAUGAGGUCUUUCUCAAGAGUGAUCGUGUCGCCAGAAUGGUGCAAAGUGGAGGCUGCUCUGCCAACGACUCUCGGGAAGUGUUUAAAAAGCAUAUAGAAAAGAGGGUGCGCAGCCUCCCCGAGAUCGACGGCCUCAGCAAAGAGACUGUUUUGAGUUCCUGGAUAGCUAAAUUUGAUGCUAUUUACCGCGGGGAGGAAGAUCCUCGCAAACAGCAGGCAAGGAUGACGGCCAGCGCAGCGUCUGAACUCAUCCUCAGCAAAGAGCAGCUCUACGAAAUGUUUCAACAGAUCCUGGGUAUUAAAAAAUUUGAACAUCAGCUUCUGUACAACGCAUGCCAGCUGGAUAACCUUGAUGAACAAGCUGCCCAGAUAAGACGUGAAUUAGAUGGCCGCCUUCAGAUGGCAGAUCAGAUUGCAAGGGAGCGCAAAUUUCCAAAGUUUGUCUCCAAAGAAAUGGAGAACAUGUACAUCGAGGAGCUGAAGUCGUCUGUGAAUCUGCUCAUGGCGAAUUUGGAGAGCAUGCCCGUGUCUAAAGGGGGGUCGGAAUUUAAACUGCAGAAGCUGAAGCGCAGCCACAACACGUCAAUUAUAGACAUGGGGGAAGAGAACGAGAACCAGUUGUCCAAGUCCGACGUUGUCCUGUCUUUCAGCUUAGAGGUUGUAAUAAUGGAAGUCCAAGGUUUAAAAUCGUUGGCCCCAAAUCGCAUCGUUUAUUGUACUAUGGAAGUAGAAGGGGGUCAAAAACUUCAAACUGACCAAGCGGAAGCCUCCAAACCCAUGUGGGGAACGCAAGGUGACUUCUCAACCACCCAUGCAUUACCUGCAGUCAAAGUGAAGCUUUUUACAGAAAGCACCGGAGUUUUGGCUUUGGAAGAUAAAGAACUUGGACGGGUUGUUCUUCACCCUACACCCAAUAGCCCCAAACAAUCAGAAUGGCACAAAAUGACAGUAUCCAAAAAUUGUCCAGAUCACGAUUUGAAAAUCAAAUUAGCAGUUCGAAUGGACAAACCGCAGAACAUGAAGCACUGUGGGUAUCUGUGGGUGAUUGGUAAAAAUGUCUGGAAGAGAUGGAAGAAACGAUUCUUUGUUUUGGUCCAGGUUAGCCAAUACACAUUUGCCAUGUGCAGUUACCGAGAGAAAAAAGCAGAACCUCAGGAGCUUCUUCAGCUGGAUGGAUACACUGUGGAUUACACCGACCCACAGCCAGGUUUGGAAGGUGGCAGGUCAUUUUUCAACGCAGUCAAGGAGGGAGACACUGUGAUCUUCGCAAGUGAUGAUGAACAAGAUCGAAUCUUAUGGGUUCAAGCAAUGUACAGAGCAACUGGUCAAUCUCACAAGCCUGUGCCUCCAACCCAAGUUCAAAAGCUAAAUGCAAAAGGAGGCAACGUACCACAGCUGGAUGCCCCAAUAUCCCAAUUUUCUGGACUGAAGGAUGCUGAUAGGGCACAAAAACAUGGCAUGGAUGAAUUUAUCUCCUCCAAUCCCUGUAACUUUGACCACGCUACCCUAUUUGAGAUGGUUCAGCGACUUACACUGGAUCACAGACUCAAUGACUCGUACUCAUGUCUAGGUUGGUUCAGUCCAGGUCAAGUGUUUGUACUUGAUGAAUAUUGUGCAAGAUAUGGAGUCCGAGGCUGUCAUAGGCAUUUGUGCUACCUUGGAGAUUUACUAGAACGAGCAGAGAAUGGGUCAAUGGUUGACCCAACUUUACUUCACUAUAGCUUUGCCUUCUGCGCAUCCCAUGUACAUGGCAACAGCCCACUUUUGCCUGAAUUACUUGGUGGGUCAUCACAAAAUCAAGAAGGGGAGGGAAGCAAAGUCCCUGCUCCUUCAGCCACUGAACCAGAACCUAAGAAAGAUUCCAAAAGGGAUUCAAAAAAACGAAAAGAUUCCAAAUCCCAGACGAACCCAGAGCCUAAAAGGCCUGAUGGAAUCGGAACUGUAACGGUGGAAGAAAAAGAGCGCUUCGAAGAGAUCAAAGAACGACUUCGUUUGCUGUUGGAAAAUCAGAUCACGCAUUUUAGGUACUGCUUUCCAUUUGGCCGACCAGAAGGUGCUUUGAAAGCCACUCUGUCAUUGCUGGAAAGGGUUUUAAUGAAAGACAUAGUAACUCCUGUCCCUCAAGAAGAUGUGAAAAAUGUUAUCCGUAAAUGCUUAGAGCAAGCAGCCUUAGUUAACUACACAAGAUUAUCCGAAUAUGCCAAAAUUGAAGGGAAAAAGAGAGAAAUGUAUGAACAUCCUGUCUUCUGCUUGGCCUCCCAAGUGAUGGAUUUAACCAUUCAGAAUCAAAAGGAUGCAGUCCAUCGGCCUAAGCCAAAACCACCUCCAGUACCUCCACCCAUUCAAACGCAGGCUAACUUGUUAAAUCAGAGGCUCAAGGGCAUGAAUAAGCAAAUACCAAAAAAUGUAGGCCGACUAAUAACGCCUGCCAAAAAGCUUGAAGAUACAAUACGGCUCGCAGAACUUGUCAUUGAAGUUCUACAGCAGAAUGAGGAGCACCAUGCGGAGGGGAAAGAGGCAUUUGCUUGGUGGUCAGACUUGAUGGUAGAACAUGCGGAGACAUUCCUUUCGCUUUUCGCAGUGGAUAUGGAUGCUGCUUUAGAGGUGCAACCACCAGACAGCUGGGAGAGCUUCCCUCUAUUUCAGCUAAUAAAUGAUUUCCUCCGGAGUGACUAUAAUUUAUGCAAUGGAAAAUUCCACAAACACCUUCAAGAUCUCUUUGCUCCACUCGUUGUGAGAUACGUUGACCUCAUGGAGUCCUCAAUCGCACAGUCAAUUCACAGGGGCUUUGAGCGGGAAUCAUGGGAACCCGUAAAGAGUUUAACAAGUAAUCUACCCAAUGUGAAUCUACCAAAUGUGAAUCUCCCUAAAGUACCAGUUACCUUACCAGUUAACCUCCCACAAAUGCCUAGUUUUUCUGCACCGUCUUGGAUGGCAGCUAUAUAUGAUUCGGACAAUGGAUCAGCGACUUCAGAAGAUCUAUUUUGGAAGCUCGACGCUUUACAAACAUUCAUUCGAGAUCUUCAUUGGCCUGAAGAGGAAUUUGGAAAGCACCUAGAGCAACGCCUUAAGCUCAUGGCUAGUGAUAUGAUAGAGUCUUGUGUCAAACGAACUAGAAUUGCAUUUGAAGUCAAAUUGCAGAAAACCAGUCGAUCAACAGACUUCCGAGUACCACAAUCAAUAUGCACCAUGUUCAACGUUAUGGUUGAUGCUAAAGCUCAGUCAACGAAACUUUGUAGCAUGGAAAUGGGCCAAGAGUUUGCUAAACAGUGGCACCAAUACCACUCCAAAAUUGAUGAGCUAAUUGAAGAAACAGUUAAAGAGAUGAUCACACUUUUAGUGGCAAAGUUUGUCACUAUUCUAGAAGGUGUCCUAUCUAAACUCUCCAGAUACGAUGAAGGGACAUUAUUUUCCUCCUUCCUGUCAUUUACUGUGAAAGCAGCUUCCAAGUAUGUGGAUGUACCAAAACCUGGAAUGGACCUUGCCGAUGCCUAUGUGACAUUUAUACGCCACUCUCAGGAUGUCUUGCGUGAUAAGGUCAAUGAGGAGAUAUAUAUAGAAAGGUUAUUUGAUAAAAGGCUGGAUGGUAAUAGUUCUGUCAUGUACCUGAGAAUAUUUGAGCAAUGGUAUACCAGCUCAAUGAAUGUUGUGUGUACUUGGCUGACCGAUCGCAUGGACCUGCAACUUCACAUUUAUCAGCUGAAAACCCUUAUUAGGAUUGUCAAGAAAACCUACCGUGACUUUCGAUUGCAAGGUGUGCUGGACUCCACUUUGAACAGCAAGACCUACGACACAGUUAGAAACCGACUAACCGUUGAAGAAGCCACAGCAUCAGUCAGUGAGGGAGGAGGCCUUCAGGGGAUCACAAUGAAGGACAGCGAUGAGGAGGAUGAGGAGGAUGAUUAAGUAUUUUGGUUUAGAGUCUCACUUGGAUGUAGCCUGGUACCCAUUGCAUGUCUGUUCUUCAGUUAGCCACAUUAGAAAAUGUUCUGGCAGCUCUAAAUGCCCAUACCAGUUUUCCCAAUAUGAUUUCCAUCCUAGCUGUGUGAUACUCAAACAAGCACCUACAUCUGGUCCAUGGGUUUCUUAUCUUCAAAUCUGUAUGUUCAUAAGCAAUAUAGAGCACCCUUGUUAAACACUGUUCAUUGAAAUAUAUAGGAAAUAUGCUAGGUGUGUCCCAGUCAUCAACAGAACCCAAUGCUUCAUUACUGUAAUGUAUAUACGUCGAUGGUUAAUUGUUGUGAAAAAUGAGUGACUAGUUCCUUCAUUUCUUUUGCGUGGAUGUAAACUGCUCAAAUGAAUGAAAAAAAGAAAAAAGAAAACAAACAGAUAAAGGUGUUGUUUCUAAACAAGAGUAAGGCUACACCCAAAGAGGUUCAUUCGACCUGAUUCGUCCGAUGCCGAGAUUCCAUCCUUGUCAAUCAUAGACUUUUACUUGAACAUUCUGCCGGUUACCUAGAGGUCACAUGCUCAGCGCAAUUUAGUAUUCGGAAUUCCGCCACCUUGUUUCUAGGAGAUGACGACCUGAUCGAACAAGUCGCAAAAACCAUUUUAUGUCGAAGUCUGAUCUUUCAAUGUUACAUUUUAUUUUAGGUUUUAAUAAGAAAAGGUGUAUGUAAAAACGAGAUCAACUUUAAUAACGAAAUCUUAGACUAUAAACUGUGUUUAUAAGAAUAUAUAAUAUUUCCGUAGAGUGUAACCUUUGAUUUACAUUAAUUUGUGUUUCACAAUUGUUUUUAUAUCGGCCAUGUACAUUGCAUUUUAACCAGUAAAUUGCAUGUCACCCGGGGGUCCCUCAAGAAGCUUUUUUUUUUUGUUGGUGUAAAAUAGUGGAUCCAUGUUGCUUUUGCCUUACAAAAGCCUACAGUUGUAAAAGUGUGAGGACUGUGGCUUCUCAAUAAAUAACUAUUCAGAUGUCCUAA